UCAUUGUAGUUGUCCAUCUUUAACCUCCUCUCUGAUCAGAUGUUUCUUUCAUAUAAACACUUGUGUUUCCCGGGAGGAAGCUUUCCACAAUCAAAGAGAAGCUCUCGAAGCUCCCUGUUAGACUGUGAGAUUGAGGCACAAUGCAUGUAUUUGUAUAUUACAGAAUAUGACAAUAGGAAAUAGCACAAUUCAGGGCAUUUAACAGAACAGACCAUUUUAAGUAACAAAAAUCAUAAAGUGCCUUGGAAAAGUCAUCAUAACCCUUGAACUUUUUCACAUUUUUUUCAAAUUUAGUCCACAAACUUCAACAUAUCAUAUUGAGAGUGCGUGAUAGACCAACAAGAUGUAGCGGAUCGUAAUAAAAUUAUAGGGUACAUGGCUUUAUUAAGCCUUUUACUAAACAACACCUGUGUGGUGUGCAUUUUUACUCUAAUUCCCUUAAAUAAAACCCAGUGCCAAAACAGUGAUUGGUUUAAAUAAAACCAAGUUCCUUUAAGAAGUCACCUUACUAGUAAACAUAGUCCAAAAGUGUCUGAAUAAAUCCAGAUUUUCGGUGAAGGCUUCAGUGAUUUGUAAACAAACAGCAUUAUAAAGACCAACGAACACAGCAGACAGGUCAGAGAGAAAAUUGUGGAGCAGUUUAAAGGAAAAAAAACAAUAUUGUAAGCUUUAAACCUCUCACAGAGCUCUACUCAUUCCAUCAUCUGAAAAUGGAAAUAACAUGGCAUUACUUCAAACCUACUAGUACAUUAUUGUACACCUAAACUGACACUGUUAAUCAGAGAAGCAGUAGCAGGAGGCACAUGCUAAUUCUGGAGGAGCUGCAGAGAUCCACUGCUCAGGAGGGAGAAUCUGUUGACAGUAUAACUAUUAGUUGUGCACUCUGCAAAUCUGCCAUUUUUGGAAGAGGGAUGAUAACAAAGCCAUCAGAAGUCCUGUUUAAGUUUGACAUGUGAAAGAAGACACUCUGGUCAGAUAGACCAAAAUUGAACCUUUAUACGCAUGGAUAAAUAACACAUCACUGAACACAUCGCUCUCAAAUAGUGGCGCCAGCAUCAUGCUGUGGGGAUGACUUUCUUCAGCAGGAACAAGGAAGCUGGUCCGAGUUGAAGACACCAUAAUAUGCAAUAUUUCUAAGAAUAAAGUACAAAUUACAACAGUAUUAUUACACACAAAACUGCAGCGGUACAGAAAUUAAAAAAAUAAUAAAGCACCGUAAGCUUUAUUUAUAAGGUUUUUGUUUAACUAUCGAAAAUUAAGGAUUUUGCAAACAAUAGACUGAAAAAUAGUGACCUAAACCUCUGAUGUGGUUUACAGUGGGGGAAGCAGUCUAAGAAUUUACAUUUCAAUCCCCACAAGGCAAUUUACCAGCGUUUCAGGCUUUUUUUUCAAUGUUCUUUGUUUUAGGUAUAAUGAAGAAAAAAGUUAUAAAAGCACCCCAAAUAUUUAAGUGUAUCUACCGUUCAAAGAAGGUUUCGAACAAUGGAUUUUUUUUCUCCUUUGGAUGACAUUUAUUUGAUGGGAAUAUUUUCCAAGUGGAAUGUUAGUAUGUGAGGGACAAAUGAUAACUCCAGGUCCAUGGUGAGUAUGUGAAAAUCAUCAACCUCUCGCUGACUUCCGGAGGCAUUUGAUUCGUUGCGUAUGACAUCAACUGUGGAAUGAGUGUGCAAAAAAAAAAAAAAAAAAAGCCCUGGCGUCCUCUUCUCUCCCCGGUUACUGAGCAUGACACAAUGUCGGCCGGUAUAAAGAGCUAGAGCCACUCCUAUCAGCGCUCCACUCGCUUGUCUGGAGAACAGUCCGGCACUUUUGCGGGGAGUAGGCUAAGAUUAAAAAAAAGGGGAGGGGGCAGACUGCUGUUAGGAUCCAUAUGAUAAGCGCAGACACACACUAUAGACAAACAGAAAGGAGAGGAUGGCCACGCUGGUAGAACCUGCAGAAAUGGAGGCUUUGGGCGCCCAGAGCAACACCGCGGGGGCUUCUCCGACGUCCCCCAGCCCCUCGCAGCACUUCAACGACAGCAAAUUCUACCUGCUGGUGGUUAUCGGGGAGAUCAUAUCAGAGGAUCACCUCAAGUGUGCCAUUGCGGACAUAGAGAAAGGGAUCCGUUCAUGGGACACCAACCUCAUUGACUGCAACCUGGACCAGGAGCUCAAGUUGUUUGUCUCUAGACACUCAGCUCGUUUCUCUGCAGAUGUCAAAGGGCAACGAAUUCUUCACCAUAAAAGUAACAUCCUGGAGACAGUGGUGCUCAUUAACCCCUCGGAUGAAGCCGUCAGCACUGAGGCUCGCUUAAUGAUCUCUGACACAGCCAGACACAAGCUAUUGGUCCUCUCAGGGCAGUGCUCAGAAAAAACAGGGGAGCUGAUUCUUCAGUCUGGAUCUUUUUCCUUCUGUAAUUUCAUAGACAUAUUCACUGAUCAAGAGAUUGGGGAAUUACUCAGCACUAUUCCCCCAGCAAGCAAAGCCAACCUUACACUCUCAUGCCCUGAACAAGGAGAUUGGAAAAACUCCAACUUGGACAAACACAACCUACAGGACUUCAUUAACAUGAAACUAAACUCUGUUCUUAUCCUCCCUGAAAUGGAGGGUCUCUCAGAGUUCACUGAGUAUUUAUCAGAAUCAGUAGAGAUCCCAUCUCCUUUUGACAUUUUGGAGCCCCCCACCUCAGGUGGAUUCCUCAAACUUUCUAAGCCUUGCUGUUAUAUUUUCCCCGGUGGUCGAGGAGACUCUGCUCUCUUUGCUGUAAAUGGCUUUAACAUGCUCAUUAAUGGUGGCUCUGACAGGAAGUCAUGCUUCUGGAAGCUGGUGAGACAUCUGGAUCGGGUGGAUUCCAUCCUCUUGACUCACAUUGGUGAAGACAAUUUGCCAGGCAUCAACAGCAUGCUGCAGAGGAAGAUUGCAGAGCUUGAGGAGGAGCAAUCACAGGGUUCGACAGCAAACAGUGACUGGGUGAAGAACAUGAUUUCUCCAGAUAUUGGCGUUGUGUUUGUGAAUUUCCCUGAGAACCUGGAAAACCCUGAACCUAAUUACAAAGUGCGUAGGAAUAUUGAGGAGGCAGCAUUCACCCAGGUGUUCCUCAAUAAACUAAAUUUAAGGAUCGAGCCUUUGCAAAAGCCUGUAGGAAACACUAUAGAACCUAUUACACUUUUUCAGAAAAUGGGUGUUGGGAGGCUUGAAAUGUAUGUGCUUAAUCCAUCAAAAAACAGCAAGGAGAUGCAGCACUUCAUGAAGCAGUGGACCGGUGGUGAAAAUGACACAACAUCCAUUCAGCUUCCAAAUGGAAAGGAGUCAGAAUUUCCUCUUUCCUACUUGACUUCCAUCUCUUCACUUAUUGUGUGGCAUCCAGCAAAUCCCUCAGAUAAGGUUUUGCGGGUCUUAUUUCCUGGAAAUGCCACCCAAGACCACAUAUUUGAAGGCUUAGAGAAACUAAAACAUUUAGAGUUCUUGAAACAGCCAGUUGUCACUCAAAAAACUAUGCCUUGUAGUACUCCAUCAACACCAACACUGAAGCAAGCAAAGAUGAAACACAGAACAGACAGUAAAGAGAGUCUAAAAUCUACCCCAAAGCCAUCACCAAGCAAAGCAGUCAGAAAAAUUUCAAAGGAGGAAACACCAGAAAAGGCAAAGACAGACACAGAAUCCACUCCUGAGAAAAUACAAAAGUCAGAGAAAAAAGAGAAGGUCCCUCUAAAAAAGACAAAGGCACAGGCACAAGAGAAAGGACCAAAAGCAAAUGCAGAUCAAACCGACCAAAGAGAAACUCCAGAAAAAAAGUCUGAAGCAAAAUCCAAAAGUGAAAAGAUUAAAAAGGAGGCUAAAACAUUAACAGAAAAGAAAAUGGAGGUUAAAAAAGAAAUAUCAAAGAAAGAUGAAACUAAAAAGGAAGAAAAAACAAAGAAGGAUGAGGCAAAGAAAGUUUUAAAAAAGGAUAUUAAAAGAGAUUCUCCAAUGAAGGAGAAGAAGGAGGAAAAGAAAGAGAUAAAGAAAGAUGUAAAAAGGCUCCCCAAAGAUGUUAAAAAGACUUCCACUGCAGCUGAGGAAAGGAAUCUCAAACCAAAACCACUGAAAAAGGAUGACUCCUCAAAGAAAGACAUGGGGGCUCCAUCCAAGUUAAAGGAUAAAGGAAAGUCUAAGUUUACAAAAAAAGAAACAAAGGUGGAAAACAAAAUAGCAGUCAGUUCUGCCACUGUUGCAGAAGACCCAGAAGCAGAAAGAUAUCUGAUGUCCUCACCAGAAGACCUCACUAAAGACUUUGAGGAGCUUAGAGCUGAAGAGUUGGUUGAGGAUGAAGCAACUGUACAACAAGAUGAGGAAAAGGAGGCUUCAGUGGACCAACAUGAACAAAUGAAACAAACCAAAGAGUCACCAGAAGGAUUAGAGUCUGUAGAUGAGGGCAUAACAUCAACAGAAGCAGAAGGAGAUAGUGGUGGGACUCCAGAAGAACAGGUCCUGAAAGGUAAACUCAAUGGCAGCACAGGUGAGAAGUUUGAAGAUGAGGGCACUGUAACUGAGGAGACAUCUGAGGGAGGGGACUAUGAAGAGAAGGGAGAGACAGAGGAGGUUUAUGAACCACAGGAAGCAGAACCAGAUAAAAAUAACCGUACUGUCUUUGCAGAUGAACACCAAGCCAAAGAUGAUAAACUGGAACAAAGAGACGAAGCUGAGGACAAUGAUGAUGUCACAAAUAAAAAUGUAGAAGAGAAGUGUCUAAGUUCUGACACAACAGAGAAACAAAAACUAUGUGGAUCAAUUUCACCCAAAGUGUCCUCCCCAGUUUCUCCUGCUGCAUCUAGCCAUGAUGAAAUACCUCACAUUGGCUUUGAGAGCUUCACAACGUCAGACGAGGAGAACCGAAAUGAGCCACCAGAGGAGUAUGGAGUCACAUCUGCUUAUACACAGUCCACUAUUGAAAUCUCCAGUUUGCCCACUCCCGUGGAUGAGAUGCUGACUCCUAGGGACAUUCUGAGCGAUGAGACCACCAAUGACGAGACAGGAUUUCCACAGGAUACUGACAGGUUUGGGAAACCAGCAUCAGGAGAGUUUGAUAAAAAGAACCUCUCUCCACUUCAAGAUAUGCCAGGGACAGAUCUUUCUCAGAGUUACGUCACAGAAGGCCAAGACUACAGCCAUUCUGUUUCGACAAUAUCUCCCCCUUCACCUCUAAAAGAAGAUCAUUUUUGUGAGGAAUUUCCCUCAGGUGGAAAAGGUGAAGAAUUAGCAACUGCUCAAGAGUCAAACGAGAGGCAUGACUCAGCCAAACCUAGUUCACUCUCCCCAACAUUUCCUCUCGUUUGUUCUCCCUCAGUGGAAUUUAAGAAUAUCGUUGAUUCCUCGUCAACAAUGGCUGCUCCAAUAGAACUGUCAUCCACCCUGGCAAGUUGCACCCAAGCCACGGGUGAUUCUUACAAGAGCCCUGAUGACAAACCUUUGGAAGGACUUAGUUCACCUCAGUCCUCUGGUCACACACCUUACUACCAGUCACCAAUUGAUGAGAAAGUAGAAGCUCUAUCAUGUCUUUCAGAUGACCGGUCACAGGGUCCAGUGAUUGUGGAGGUCACAAGUGAUAAAGAAGACUCCUACAGUAGAGUUACUCCUGAGCCUAAAGAUCCAGUAGUAGAACAAUCUUCACCAGUAGAAAAAGCAGAUUCCACUCAAGAAAGCCCAUCGAUACCUGAGCCUGAGUCCCCACACGAGUCAUCACCCAUUGAUGCAGAUGCUAAGAAACCUGAAGAAAACCAUUCAGUGUUGUUCUCAGCACCACUGACCAAACAUGAACAUGAUCCCAGUCCUUUCACAACUUUUAAAGAAGACAGUAAAAUGUCUAUUUCAGAGGGCACCACGUCAGACAAGUCUGAAACUCCCCUGGAGGAAGUGGUUGCAGAAGAUACAUUUUCACACUUAGCCUCAGCAUCCACAGCUUCUCUGGCCACCAGUUCAUUGCCAGAACCAACUACUGGUUCUCCUUCUCUGCAUGCUGAGGUGGGCUCACCUCACUCAACAGAGGUUGAUGACUCUUUGUCUGUCUCAGUGGUUCAGACCCCAACCACCUUUCAUGAGGCUGAAGGAUCGCCAACGAAAGAAGAUAGCCCAAGGCCAAUGUCUAUCUCCCCAGAAAUCUCACCUAAGACUAAAAGCAAAACAGAGAUACAGGAUACAAAAUCUCCAGAACAUUCUACCAUGUCUAUAGAGUUUGGCCAGGAGUCACCCGAUCACUCCUUUGCCCUGGAUUUUAGCAAGCAAUCACCAGAGCACCAGUCACUGGGUAGCAGUUCUCAUGCUACAGAAAAUGGCCCAACUGAGGUGGACUACAGCCCCUCAGAUGGAACAGAGGUAAAAGCAUCUAGAGAGCCAAAAUGUGCAGAAAACUCCUUGCUAUUUGAAGAAGGAGAUUCAGUCCUCGGCACUUCUGCAACCCCUUCAGAUGCAUCUCAGUCUUCUGUUACAACUCCUUGUCAAAUGAUAGACAACCCACAUGUUGGAGUCGAACAAACAGAUAAGUCUCCAGCCAGCCCAAGGGCCUCAUCUCUCACCCUGUCUCCCCAUUCCAAUGAACCCUCUCCAGUGUUAGGUGGUCCCCCAGCUAAUGACAGCAUCAGUCCAAUCGUGGAAACCACAGCCAAAUCGGAUUCAGAGCAGAAACUUGACAGGUCGUCACCAUCACCUCUCAAAGCCCCUUCCCCAUCCACAUCUUUUAAUUUUUCAAAAGGAGAUACUCUUUCCCCCAAAACAGAGACUAAUUCAUUCAAAUGUGAGGAUUAUAUACUUGAAAAGAAAUCUCCUACAAGUCCAAACGUUCCUUCACUAUCAGAGCUAACUCUCUCCUCUGAUCCAUACAAUUUCAAUUCUCCCUGUGGCUCCAGGGAACCAGACUCCAUGAAAAAGAGCCCCUGUGCUCCAUCUAAGACAGAUGUUGACCUUUGCCUUGUGAAAUCUUGUGAGUAUCGUCACCCCAAGACUGAAUUGUCACCGUCAUUCAUCAACCCAAACCCUCUGGAAUACUUUAUUAAUGAAGAAAAUGCCUUGGAUGAGGAGAAGCCUCUAGCCAAGUCAGGGGGUGGACCCCCACCUCCAGGAAGUAAGCUUUCUGCCAAGCAAUGUGAGGAUACCCCACCUACAUCCAUCAGUGAAUCUGCCCCAUCACAGACAGAUUCAGAUGUACCACCAGGGACAGAAGAGUGCCCCUCCAUCACAGCAGAUGCAAACAUUGACUCUGAAGAUGACUCAGAAACUUUGCCAAGUGACAGAACUCUGACGUUUAGGCAUGCCGAUCCCCCUCCACUAGCACUCAGGGACUCUGCUCCAUCUUCAGGUAACCAUGAUGUUUGUAUGGUGGACCCAGAAGCACUAAAGGCUGAAGUAAACCUUCAUAAUGCUAAUACAGAUGGAGGAGACAAGUCCAAAAAGAAAAAGCUCUCAAAAAAGCCCUCAUCGCCAGCCAGGAAGACUGGUCUGUCAAAAUUUAAGGACUCAAAGACUGCUUCUCCAAAGAAGGGGGUUGGAGAAGGGAAGGAUGUCAAAAAUGCAACCAAUACAUCUGCAUCCAAAGGUGUAAAAAGCUCCACAUUAGGUACAGGAAGUGGGAAAGUACCGUCCCUGUCGAACUGUCCUCCUAUGUACAUGGAUUUGGUUUACAUCCCCAAUCACUGCAGUGCCAAAAACGUGGAUGCUGAGUUCUUUAAGCGUGUCCGGUCCUCUUACUAUGUGGUCAGUGGCAACAAUCAGACAGCUCAGGAACCCAGUAGGGCUGUCCUGGAUGCUUUACUUGAAGGAAAGGCCCAGUGGGGAAACAGCAUGCAGGUUACUCUAAUUCCAACCCAUGACACAGAUGUGAUGCGGGAGUGGUACCAGGAGACCCACGACAAGCAGCAGGAGCUGAACAUCAUGGUCCUGGCCAGCAGCAGCACAGUUGUCAUGCAGGAUGAGUCCUUCCCAGCUUGUAAGAUAGAGCUGUAGCUUUGUUCUGCACCACUUGGAAGUGUUUUCUGCAAAAGAAACCCGAAAUGAUGUAGCAAGAAGCCUAAACUGACACAAAAACACUAAAUGAAAUUUAAAUCUGUGAUGAGAGUUAACCAAUGUUACCAAAAGACAAGGGCCCUCAUGUCUCAGCUUGAUCCUGAUAAAAGGAUCAAACAUUGGAGAGAUUAGAAACCAAAUAAAACAGCAGCAUACCCCUAAAUGUCCAACCAUGCCAGUUUUAGUCUAGUUACAGUAAUGAUGUUACUUUUGUUUUUUCCACUAAGUCUCCUGGUCACCGUUUAUUGAUUUUUAUUUUAUUAUUAUUUACCUGAAGCUCUUUGAGGAGCAGCAUGUGCUGUGUUCUGAAACAACAGCUGUUAUUCACACCAAAUGGGAAAAAAACAGCCUUUCUGUAACUGCCUUAAAUGAAUGUAGAAGACCUGGUUGGAUAAACAACUCUAAACACCCAAUAAUUACAAAAUGAUGAGAGCUGUAGUGAGAAAUAAUGGUGAUAAACUGACUGCUUGAGAUUGACAAGGAUUAAUAUGACUGCUGCUAUCAAUAGGAACUUUUUUCCUUCAAUUUUGACAUUAGCUGAGUUUUAUUAUUUAUUUAUGUAUUUCAUCUGGUUUAUGAUGCUGCCGGUAUGUUUGGCAGUGAGCUACAAUUUUAAACUCAAAAUUUAGUUCAUGAUUAUUUAAUUUUUUUAAUCCUUUAGUUGGUUGAGAAAACUCUAUCUAGUGUGUAUAAAAUAAUGUUAUAGACUUGUGUGUCUGUAUGAAAUUUUCGAAGACCACCUUUAAUUUUGGAAUGCUUUAUUUGCAGAUUUUAUGCUAAUUCAAGAAAAGGGAACCUGAUCUUAUUUCUUGAAACUGGUUUUAUGUAAUCAGUGAGCUAAUGCCUUUUCCCAUUGUAAAGCUGGUGAAGCAGGAUAUUUUCAUAAUCCUUAAAAUGUCUUGUUUUUCUAAAUUGUACAAUAAUUAUAAAUAGCUUUGUGACCAAUAGAGUGGUUGGGAGACAUGCAUGAGUUAUUCUACAUUGGAACGUUUUUUACUUUUAAGGACGCUUUUGCUCAGAAUUGUCUUUAGGAAUCACAAAAAAUUAGUACAAGAGAACAAAAGCUUAAUUAAAAAAACAAAAUAGGCACUCAAUCUGCGAGUUUUGCAAUGACAUAUAUACUCUACACAAACUCCAGUGAAAGCCAGUGGCAUUGUAGUCACAGAAAACAUGACUUAGGGCACAACGUGUCAUACACUUUCAGGCUCAUCCAAAAAACAUGGGUGAGAAUGACAAGAAUCCAACUUCUAGAAGAAUCUCGAUCACAAGGGAGGCAGCACACAGAGGUGAGAGUGAAUGGCUUGUGUGUUUUUUGACAAAAGUAUGUAAAACCAACACUAGACACUUUAAAGAACAAACAUGACUCACAGCAAACUACGUACAGUGGCCACAAAUCAGCUUUGACAAGCCAGCAUAUAGAGGAACACUUCAGAAACCAUGUACUGAUUACAAGCUUUGGUAUUUUGGGCUAUCCAAUGAAAUCUCAGUGGGUGUUUCUUUAAUGACGUCAGGUAUUCAUGAUACCACCACAGACUGGUUUUCCUGCAGGGGUACCACAAACCAUCAGAUCACCAAGAAGUUACUGUUAAACUGAACUGACAUUUCUCUUCUCUUUCCUCCGGUUUUCUGCCCUACACUUCCUCUACUUCUCUCUCUCUCUCUCUAUCUGCCUUUUCUCCCUCCAUCUUUCUCUUGGAAGAAGUUUAAAAGUGUUUGUCUCCAGUUGUGUGGUAUAUUUGUCUUGUGAUUCUAGCAUCCUGUCUGCUAUCUUUUCCCCAGACUCAUAUGUAACCUUAGCAAUUAGUUUCCUUAGUGCUCUCAGAUGUUCGUGUGCAAUCUGUCCUCUACUGUACCAGUUAUCGCAAAUCUUAUGUAAGAGUAACCACAAACUAAGGGACAGCCACAAUAAAAUCUGUUGUGAAAGAAUAAA